CAGAAUGGGUGGGCCCCGAGCGACAGUCACUUAGCAAAAACCGGAUGCAGUAGAUUGAAGUUUCGAGGAAAAGCGAAAGAACUGUUGUGUGCGUUUCCGCGGAGGUACGUUUAAUUGUUCUAUAUCCUUUGCUAGCCAGUCCAUUUCGCGUACGGUCCAAGCUAAGCUCAGCUUCCAGCCGUGUUUUUCAUCUAUGUAUCGGCCACGCAUAGCCGCGAAAGCAUUUAGCAACAACGUAGACAUAUACGAUUAUUCGCAAAAAAAAAAACGUAGAUAUAGUACGAUGGUAGCAGCGCACGUCUUCCUGACGUACCGAAAUACCUCACGUUUGACCCAUAUUGUGUCCCCAUGACGCAAAAAAUACUUACUACACCUACGGCUACGGGCUCCCCCCAACGUCGCCGGUUUGGAACAAAACAUUCCAGUUACUAGAUAGAUUAAAGAAGUGCAAAAAGGGAAGGGAAACAGGCCACGCAACGGCGACGGAGGCGGCCGGCUGAUUUGAGGAACGAGAGCUGAAAUUUCGACGGUGUUGCCGUGGCGGCGAGUCGUACGCGGACAUGCUUGAGCCGUACGCGGAGCGGGGGGCUAUCUCACAGCUGAAAGACCUUGACCGGACGGAUCGCACUCUCACAGCGACGGUGGAUUCGGAGAAGCGCGAUGCCGUUGGCCGGGAUCGUGUCCUCCUCCGCCGCGGCUUUUCUCCUCCUAUUCGUCCUCUUGGCCGAGGGGCAGCCGGCGGAAGGCCUCAUGGCCAAGAACAGGAGCGAGGCCUUCUUGGCGCCUACAGAGCCAGAGGUGCGCUACUGCUACCAUAGGAGCAUCACAGAGGAGCUGGGCCUGGGCGCAGUGCCGACGUCAAAGACAAGAGCAAUCCCGGCGGACACACACGUGCCUACACCUCCAGCGCUAGCCCCGCCUGCCGCUGAAACGGGCUUGAGCUGGCGAGCCAAGGCAUGGUGCUGCUGGGUCCUCGCCGUGGCAACGGUGGUCGUGGUGUUCGUGGUGAGGCCUGAAACGUUCCUAGUAUCACCGCGAAUCGACGGCAUGUUCAUCACCGACGACGGCGAGGGAGAUCCGCCGGUUGACGGCAACGAACAUACCACCAUGGGCAUGGAUGCGGUGCCCGACAUCCUCAAAGCCAGCGUCGACUCGAGCGAAACUAGGCGAGAACGUGGCUCGAGCCCGAUGCCCCGACCCCAGCCGCGCGACCCCAUGUUGAUCGCCGAUAGCAAUGGGGAUUCGCCCGUGGACGGCCGCGGUGAGCUCUUCUACUGCCCCAUGUGCAUGGAGACGGCGCCUAUCAUCCUCAAAUCCCGCUUCGGCUCGUGCGACGACCACGUCUUCUGCUCGAGCUGCGUCGCCAAGUACGUCGCUGUGAAGCAGCUCCAGGACGUCGCUCUUCCCGUCGAAUGCCCCGACUGCGAGGACGACCCCUCGUUGAACAGCGAUGGCGAGGGCAAUGAAGAUUCACCGGCGGACGGCAACGGUAAGCGGCGCUUCUACUGCGCCAAGUGCAUGCAUGUGGUGCCAUGCGCAUGUGUACGGCCCGGCUUUUCCUCGUGCGCCCAUGACUUGUGCUCGAGUUGUGUUUCUCGUCAACUGCAAGGACGCCGCCGCCAAGCCGGAAAGCUUCCGCGACAUCAGCCCGCCGACCUCCUCCCCAAGCCCAAGGGCAAUGGAGAUUUGCCGGUCGACGUUGACGGGGAGCUCUUCGACUGCGCCAUCUGCAUGGAGCUGGUGCCCGGCACCCUCAAGUUCCGCGUCAACUCGUGCGCCCACGCCUUCUGCUCGAGCUGCGUCGCCCAGUACAUCGCCGCCAAGCUUGACGACAAGGUCGCUCGCAUCGAAUGCCCGCACCCAGGCUGUGAGGAAGGUGCCGUCGAGCCGGAGAGCUGCCACGGCAUCAUCCCCACGGACCUCCUCGACAAGUGGGGCUUGCUGCUGUGCGAGCUCGCGGUAGGCGCCAAGAGGAUGUACUGCCCGUACCGGGAAUGCUCGGCGCUCCUGCUCGCCGACAGCGAGGCCGGGGCGGCGGCGAUCGCCGAGGCGGAGUGCCCACACUGCCACCGGCUUUUCUGCGCCCGGUGCGCCGUGCCGUGGCACGACGGCUUCGGGUGCGAGGAGUUCCAGAAGCUCGGGCCGGACGAGCGCGGCCGGGAGGACCUCUUGCUCCGGCGUCUCGUCGGCAAGGAGGGCUGGCAGCGGUGCCCCGAGUGUCAGAUGUUCGUGGAGAAAUCGGAAGGGUGCAAUUACAUCAGAUGCAGGUGUGGAUACAGCUUCUGCUACCGAUGCGCAUCCGAGUUGUCCGCGCAAAACCAUUACUGCAACAAGUGCAAGCGCUAAUAUCAACGGUCUGGUUGGCUAUGGAGGGACGCUUCUUACCACCAACUACCACAUGAGUUCAUCUCGGCCAUGUUAAUUUCCUCGAGCCUUUAUCCAAAAAAUGUUUCCUCAAGCGAAAAAUGGAAAUCUACUCAGGAAAAGAACCUUGAUUAAUCUAGUCAGGAAAAUGUUUCCCGCUUAGGUUGAUUCUCCACUUGUCGGUGUGCGUUGGUGAAAAUAAUAUUCUUGCCACUUUCAAUUUGUAAUUAGGGUAGAGUCAACCAUGUCUUUGAGCUAGCAAUCGCCGUGCUUGUUUUAUAAUGUCCGGCUUGCACGAACUAUGCACACUACUACAAAUUAAAUUA